CAUCAGUUAUCUUCUGAACCUUCUUAACUACACACGCUUCCAUCGCUCAAUAUGAAGUUUAUCAUUUUCGCCUGCCUCGUGGCUUCGGCCGCCUGUCGCCCACAGUACGACUACAACGCUCCAGGUUUGAGAUCCGACUCUGGAUCACGCAGAUCCGAAGAUUUCAUCCCGAUCCUGCGAUCAGACAUCGAAUUCCCGGACUCCGAAGGUCGUUACCGCGUGGAUACCGAAACUGGUGAUGCCAUUUUCCGCUCUGAAUCAGGUGCCCCGACCGGACCUGAUGGGGCUAUUGAAAAAUCAGGUUCCGUAAGGUUCACGUUCCCUACAGGAGAGGAAUUCGAGCUCACCUACGUAGCCGACGCUGCUGGAGGAUACCAACCCCAAUCUUCGUGGCUUCCUGUUGCUCCUGCAUUCCCCCACGAAAUUCCUCAGUUUGUUUUGGAUCAGAUCGCGAAGGCGGCUGAAGAAGAUGCUGCCGCUGCAAGGGCCAACGCCCAGCAGUCAACCCGCUCUGAGGGUCAGAGGUUCAGCGGAUACAACUGAGAACAAGUUUUUUGAUCAUAGAAAACUAGGGUUUUUCUAGGAUCCCUAGAGAUUCAUGAUUUUGUAAAUCUAGCGUUUUUCUAACAACCCUAGAGAUUCAUGAUCCCAGAUAUCUAGGGUUCUUCUAAUAGCCCUAGAGAUUCAUGAUCCUAGAAAUCUAGAGUUUUUAUUAUAACCCUAGAGAUUCAUGAUCCUAGAAAUCUACGGUAUUUCUAGGAUCCCUAUGGAUUAAUGAUCCUAUAAAUCUAGGGUUUUUGUAAUAACCCUAGAGAUUCAUGAUAGUAGAAAGCUACGGUUUUUCUAGGAUCCCUAUGGAUUCAUAAUCCUUGAAAUCCAUUGUUUUUCUUGGAUCCUUAGGGAUCUUUGAAAUCCCCAGCAUUCCUUUAAUUGUGUUGUUUAUGAAGAACGUUAGGGUAUUUGAGGAGUAAGUGAUAUCUAUGGUCUGUAGGUUUUCUGAGAAUGCAUAGAAGCUUUGCAGGGAUUCAAGAUUUACGUAUUAUUUAUAAUCCAUUAGUUUUUCCAAAAUGACUCAACGAUAUUUUAAAUAAAAACUUACUUUGGUCUAUCAAUUACUUCAAUGAAUAAUUCAAACUUAAUGAGUCUUUGAACUUUACGCUGGACCAACAGAUCAUAAAGGAUACCAGGGCACCUCAAUAUCUCGAUGUUCUUCAU